AUGGAAACAUAUCUGCAGAUCACUGGAGACACAGAUGGCGUUACGGUGGAGGCUGAUGGUGGGACCCAAACUAUCAGGCCGCGAUGCCACGAAAGCCGGUGGUGGUUGGCUCCCACAUGCCGUGAGAAUUCAACAGAAUGCAUUCCGAGCCUGCUGUAUGACUACUUUGGCUUUCCCUGGCACAUUGAAGAAGUCAUGCAGAAAGCCGCAGUUUGGGAAAUGCCCUUGGCAAUCGGGUCAGCAUUCGCUGACUUCUCUUCUACCAGUGGUCCCUAUUUCCGUCUUCCGUUGACACAUGACGUGGUGUAUGUGGCCGUACAUCCAGACAUUCCGAAUUUUUUUCCACAGGCCACAAUGCAAAUUGCUUUUCCACGCCACAGUGCCAGAGAAUGGCAGAGGGGAGUGGCAUCCAGCAUGUCUGCCACGUGGUCAAACUCAAUGAUUGCACACAAAGACCUUGGGGAAUUGGCACCAGAUUUUCAAGAACUUCUUCGGCGGAUGAGGUUUUAUGGAGAGGACUACGAGCACGUCAGCCUCGCAAUUUCCACUCAAGUGGAUCAAGGCCAAGCUACGUUGCUAUCCUUGGCUUGCGAGUGGCUCCAGAACAACACAGAGGUGUGGAAAGCCUGGGUACCCGUUGUGACGAGUUGUUUCCCUGGCCACGGCCUGUUUGGCGAUGGGAGUUUCGUCAGUUCCCGCGACAAUGCCACAACAUGUCGACCCUGCCCACCGGGAAGUUAUUCAUCUCCGUUUUACGACUAUGCAGACACUGCCCAAUGCCAACAGUGUUCACCCGGCUAUUGGCAAAGCUCAUAUGGGGCUGUGACAUGCAGCCCUUGCUCUCCAGGUAAGUUUGCCAAUGACACUGGUUCGACAUUGUGCAAUGAUUGUGCACAGGGCCAGUACCAGUCCGCGGCCUCCUCUAGUUCUUGCGAGGUGUGCGACAUUUUGCAAACAACAAGCAUCCGCGGUGCCACCGAGCAGAGCCAAUGCAUCUGCAAACCUGGUUCCUUUCGGGGAGCCACCGGCUGUGAGCUCUGUUCCACCGGGCUCCGGUGCGAGGGAGGCGACAUCCCACUUCGUCAAGAAGAAGGCUUCUGGGUGGAGGUCGGCUCCCAGAAUUCUCUCUCGGUGUACCGGUGCCGGGACUACAGGCACUGUCCAGAAGGCGUCCCCGGAAACUGUGCGAGCCAACGCGUCGGUCGAGCUUGUGCUGUUUGCCGCCUCGGGUACUGGGCAGGUCAUGAUGAGAGCUGCAGACCGUGUCAGACCCUGUCGAUGGUGUAUGUGCUGGUCGUGGCAGCAGUCGUCCUUUUUGUCGGUGUGUUCCCCUUUGCGGCAUUCUGUUCAUGCAGCAGCUUCACUACCAAGAGGACUCUUGUUAGCUUUGCAAUAGCUACGAUCAUGGGUGGUCAGACAGCCAUCGCGCUACAGGCUUUCCAAGCGAUCAGCCAGCUGAACAUUCUGUGGGUGCAGCCUGUCAAAGAGUUUCUUCGGAUAUUGGCCAUUGCGUUGAACGGCUUCCAAACAGGUGUCACGUGCUUUGUCGAGGGCACAUCCUUCGCAACAUGGUCCUUUGCUUUGCAACUCUUGGGAUUCCCUGCUUUUGUUGCUCUGACCAGCCUGCCAGCUGUGGCUGCGAAAAUUGGGAGAGGCAUCAACUUAUUCUCUGGCCUUUUCAACAUCUACGGCCUGAUCCUUGUAGCUCUCUUGACAGCGAUCUCGAUUGCCGUAGUCAUGCCCCUGAAGUGCAGGAAGAACCCCAAUCUCACCUACACCCUGGAGGCCCACCCGCAGGUCAUAUGCUGGAAUUCACAAGAGCAUGAGACGCUUGUGCUGCUGUCAGUGAUCGGUGUUUUGGUAUACCCGGCGACCAUCCUCAGCAUGUUGCUAUGGGCUACCUACAAGUACCCUCGCUGGCUUCGCUCGGACAGAGGAGUUGAAACCUUGCACCGUCUUCACUUCUUGUUUGGACGGUUCCGGCCUGAAAGAUAUCAAUGCUGCCUGAUCUUUACGGUCAUGAACUUCCUCAUCGCCAUUACACCGGUAUGCUUACCAACAGCUCCUCAGAUCGUCGCCAUGUGCGUCCUUCUCUGGGUCAAGCAAGUGGUUCAUUGUUUGUGGUGGCCUUGGAAAAUUGAAGCAGCCAACUGGAGUGAACUUGUACUGUCUGGUUGCACCGUGCUUUUCUUCAGCUUGGCAACGCCGUUGCUGGACUUGGAGGACGGCGGCACUGAGACCCAGCUCUCGAUUCUACUGGUGAUCAUAUUUCUUGGCUUGCCAGUGUGCUUCGUGGGAGCAGCCAUCUGUGCGGUCUUGUCCAAACGCAAUCGAUCACACAGGUACACGUUAUUCCUGUCCCAUCACAAGCUGUCCUCGAGUAUGCUUUGUCGUUACAUCAAGGUGGUGGUUGCAAAGCUGGCGCCGGCCUUUCAUGUCUUUUAUGAUGCAGACAACCUUCACAAUUUGGACACGUUGUUCGGCACUCUGAAGAACGACGUGGACGUUUUUUUGGCAGUGCUAAGUGCCAACGUCUUCAGCAGUUUCUGGUGUAUUGCUGAAAUGACUACAGCGUUCGCAAACAAAGUGCCGAUGCUUGUGCUACGUUGUGACGACCCUCCGUAUAUUGGCGAGAACUUUAUGGAUCUGUCUACAAGCAGUUGGGCCGAGGAACAGCUGUUUCUGUUGCACAGCAAUGGCUUGUCAUUGGAGGACGUACAGGCGACUGUGGCUCACGUGCUGAAGCUUCCACAUAUACAGUUCCUUCGAACUGGCAGCGCCUCUCAGCAGGAGGCCUCCAUCAUCAAAGUGUUGCAGAAUGUCAGCGGAUGUCCAGUUCUCGGAGAGCCCUCUGAGGGUUCUGUGGAGAGAGCUCGACUCCUGGUGUGCGGAGGUGCUCAGCCAGAAGCGAUCUCCUCCAUGCUUGUCAUGCAGCAGCUUUUGCAAAGCAAGCUGCAAGUUCCUUGCUAUGUCGUUCGGCAUGCGGCAGAAAUCGGGCUGUCCAAGAAAGCCUCGCGGCUAGUGGUUGUCCUUACCCAAGGGAUCUUUGCCGAAGAGGAAUUUGCUGAGCUUGUCCUUUCUACGGAUAUGGAGGGCUGGGCAAAAGUGGUUGUGAAUGACGGUUCCUUCGAUUUCCCUUCGCCCAGCCUGAGUGCCUAUCGGGACCUGCAGAAUCCAGAGCUUUCGGCUGCUUACAAGAGCCUAUGUGGGUCCUUGGCGCUGCCGUUCACCCCGCACCUGUCCGAAACACUCCUGCACCAGCAGAUGGAGCAUAUUUGCAGAAGGCUGGCAGAUGACGAGCAAGUCGGAGGCGAGAGUGCAAUGUCGAGAGUUCUCACUCGAAGCAGUAGCAUGGCAUCCCCGGCGCAGCGUACAGCGAGUUCUUCAAGUCUGCCAUCGCAGUCCGAUGGCGGCAUUGUCGACGACGACGACGGCAAUGCUGAUUAUGUGCAGGAAGCCUUUUGA